CUGGGCGAGUAUCUCGCAGGUGGCCCUCCAGGUCCCCGCGCUGGCCCCGCCCCGACCCCGCCCGCUCCGCGCGUAUUGGUGCCGCGGGCUGUCGGUCCCGGCGCUUUGAGGAGGGGGCGCAGCCGGGCUGCGGUCCCUCUGCAGAGGGCUGCUGGCUUCGGGUGUGACCGCGGCUUCCUGGGAGAAGGACCCCGACAGCGCCCCCCUCGACCUGUGCAGCAAGGGCGGCCAAGAGUUGACCUUUAAAUAGAACCAAAGUCUAUCCAGUAGAGGGCUUUCAUGAAGGAAUUACAGAAAUAUGGGUAACAGGAAAUCUAGUCAUUUUUACCUUGGAGAGAACAUCUAAAACAACUGCAUUGAAUAAGACAAAGGGGUGAAUAUAUCUGGAAGAAAUUUUACCUUGUAUAUUUUUUGCCCACUUUUUUUGGUCAUAAAAGUUUGCUAAAGAAGAAAUAAUACAGUUUUCUACUGAAUGAAGGAGUGUAGAGUAAAAAUGGAUACCACUGCUUCUGAAAUUCAAAUAGAAAGCAAGAAUGAGAAGGAAACUGCAGAAGUUAGUCCUCAGGAUGAAAGACAUGAGGGGGAAACUUCCAUGCUUUGUUUCAAGCGAAGGAAGAAAGCAGCCAAAGCAAUGAAAAUCAAAGCUGACUCUAGCACUGCUGCUGUGGCAAAGAAGGAUCCCCCCAAAACAGGAGUGCCUGAUCAGUCACAGCCCCCAGGGGGGACCUGGACCUCAUUCAAACGUCUGGUAACACACAAAAAAAGGUCAGAUUCUUCAAAGAAGCUUAAAUCCAGUGAGGCUGAGUUGCAACCUGAAAUCAAUGCUGAAGAUGCUGAUCUUCCUAAGAAAAGAACAAGAUCCAGACUUAAGAUUCCCUGUAUAAAAUUCUCAAAAGGGGAGAAGAGAAGUCAUCAUUCCAAAAUUAAAGAAGAUUCUGACUGCAACAUCAAAGUCGAGGGAGAGACUAAAAAUCUAGUUAGAAAAAUUCCGACUCAGCCAGAUGACCAGGUGACAAAGCCCAAGUCAAUUCAGCAUAUAAAUGAAGAUGCCUCACGAAAAGAUGGUAAUGAGGUCUGUGAAUCAGAUGUGAGCAACAGCAUAACUUCUGGAGAGAAAGUAAUUUCAGUAGAACUUGGAUUAGAUACAGGGUACUCUACUAUUCAAACAGAAACUCAAAUCCUUGAAAAGGAUAUUGAAACAAACGAGGAAAAACAAAGAGUUCAACUUCAGCAAGCAAAUCCACCUGAAACUUCAGAAACAGAACACAAACCACCAAUGUUUUCGGAUGUUCCUCCCUCACCCAUAGUCCCAGAUCAACAAAUUACAGAAGUCAGAAGGAAUAUCCCAGAAAGUGGACCAAUUUGGAAAGACCAUGAAAGUAGAGAGGUUAUAGCUGAAGAGAGUAAGCCAAAACACCCUGAACUGAGUCAGGAAUCAGAUGUUAAGGAAAAUGAGAUCAAUACAGAGAAACCCAAGCCAAAACACACUGAACUGAGUCAGGAAUCAGAUGUUAAGGAAAAUGAGAUCAAUACAGAGAAACCCAAACCAAAACACCCUGAACUGAGUCAGGAAUCAGAUGUUAAGGAAAAUGAGAUCAAUACAGAGAAACCCAAGCCAAAACACCCUGAACUGAGUCAGGAAUCAGAUGUUAAGGAAAAUGAGAUCAAUACAGAGAAACCCAAGCCAGAAGAAAACAAAAGAAUGGAGCCAAUUGCUAUUAUUAUUACAGACACUGAAAUCAGUGAAUUUGAUGUUAAGAAAUCUAAAAAUGUCCCUAAGCAAUUUUUAAUUUCAAUUGAAAAUGAGCAAGUAGGGAUUUUUACAAAUGAUAGUGGCUUUGAGGGUAGAACUUCAGAAUAUGAAACACUCUUAAUGGAAACUGCUUCUUCUCUUGUGAAGAAUGCUAUCCAGUUGUCUAUAGAACAGCUGGUUAAUGAAAUGGCCUCUAAUGAUAAUAAAAUAAACAACCUUUUACAGUGACUUAAUUGUCAUAUAAUGGAAAGAAGAAUGAAUAAUGAAUUAUUUUACCUGUAUGUGGCAUUUCUUAUUCCAUAGCAAGAGACUUAUCAUCUCUUGAAUUUCAAGGUACAAUUUUAAAUACAGAAGUGCUAAAGAAUUCAUCAGGUUUAUUAAAAACCCUCCCUAACCACUGAAAUGCAGUUAUUCACUUCUGGAUUGAAUGAAGUCAGGACAAAUUGCAAUGCAAAGUGACAUAUAGGGAGUUGCUAAAAUGACAAGUGGAGACUGGGGUGCUUGAGAUAAAGAUGUAUUUACUGAGCACUUAUAGUGCAUAAGCUCUUUAAGGUUCUCUGAUGUCACAAAGCAUGGUUAUCUUAUAACGGUUCAACCCUGUGUAUAACGGUUAACAUUGCAUUCAGUUGUUGUUUUUUU